AUGGACUGCAGAGUUUGUAUGACCGACGCCGAAUGGUGGGCUGGCGAUUUCGGAAGCGGAGGCGCCGGCCAGAUUGGUGGCGGUUUCAGCCACGAGAGCGAGCACGAUUUGGCGCUUAUGGUUAGCGACUUUUUAGAAAAUGGAAGUAGUGGCGCUGAGUCUUGGUGUAGCAGUGAUAGCGAUUCUGGACUCUCUGAUUUCGCUCAUCUCGCUGACAAAAUUCAGAUCUGUAAGCUGUCGGUGGCUCAACAUGAGAGUGACUUGCAUUCAGUUGUACAUUCCCUCAUACGGUCAAUGAAGGAGACCAACCUUCAAGUAAUGAAUUCUGGCCCAUGUUAUGCUAGCUGUAUCAGGUUUUAUCUGGUGAAGUUGAUGAGACUUUCUGGCUAUGAUGCUGGUGUUUGUGCAUCUAAAUGGCCGGGUAGUGGCAAAGUCCCUGGAGGUGAUCAUGAAUAUAUCGAUGUUGUGGUUAACAAUAAUUCAGGAAACUCAGAACGAUUGAUUGUUGAUAUUGACUUCCGAAGCCACUUUGAAAUAGCUAGAGCUGUUGAACCGUAUGAUAGGAUACUGAAUUCGCUUCCUGUUGUCUAUGUGGGAUCCCUUACCAGGCUGAAACAAUUUCUUGGAAUAAUGGAGGAAGCUUCAAGAUCUUCUUUGAAACAGAAUUCUAUGCCACUUCCUCCAUGGAGAUCUUUAGCAUACUUGCAAGCCAAGUGGCAGUCACCAUACGAAAGAUACAUGCAUUCGGAAGGCAAUAACAUAGGUGAUGGCAACAGCUUUGAGCACAAGCAAUGCCGUGGACAUCUGAAGAGGCUGCAAUCUUGUCUUCAAUCAGGAAUGGAAAUAAUGCUGAAGCCGAGAAACAGUGAAAGUAACUGGAGGAUGAAGCUUGAGAGAUGGAGACACCCCAUGUUCAGGCCUAUUUGA